AUGGGCUUCCUCCACUCCCUCCGGGUCGCCGUCUGGGGCGAACCACCCCCAACCAAGGAAGAACGCAACCUCCUGUUCAAAAUCGAUUGGUUUAUCCUAUCCUACGUCUGCUUGAUGUAUUGGGUCAACUAUCUGGACAGAGCGAAUCUAAACAAUGCCUACGUCUCCGGCGCAGAAGAAGACCUGGGCUUCCAAGGCACUCAGUUGAACCAGAUCAACACCAUCUUCUACGGCGGCUACCUGCUAGGCCAAAUACCGAACAACCUCAUCCUCCAGAAGGUCCCUCCUCGGAUAUGGCUACCUACGACGUGUCUAUGCUGGGGUCUUCUGACUCUCGGGACGGGCUUCGUGCAUCAUCCGUGGGAGAUCAUGGUCAUUCGGUUCUUCCAGGGCUUCUUUGAGGCCUCUUGCUUCGUCGGCGUCCAGUGGAUCUUGGGAUCUUGGUAUAAGCCGUCUGAGAUUGGCAAACGCACCGCAAUCUUCAGAUACAAGACCUCCUCAGGCCUGGCAGGCACCAUGUUCUCCGGCUUCCUGCAAGGCGCCAUCUACACCAACCUCGACGGCAAUUCCGGUCUCGCCGGCUGGCGGUGGCUGUUCAUCAUAGACUUCCUCAUCACCCUCCCCAUCGCGCUCUACGGCUUCCUCUUCUUCCCCGACACGCCCACCUCCACCCGCGCCGGCUACCUCACCCCCACCGAGCGCACCCUCGCCGUCGAACGCCUCCCCGAAGUCGACAAAGAGCGCGGCGUCCUCGGCCUGUCCCUCUUCAAGCGCGUCGUGCUCAGCUGGCACUGGUGGGCCUUUGUGCUCCUCUGGAUCGCAAACUCCAACACGGAAAUGUACAGCUCCAACGCCAUCUUCCAGCUCUACCUCACCUCCACCGAAGACUACCCCGUGAGUCAGGUGAACUAUAUCCCGACCUCUGUCUCCGGGAUGGGAAUCGUCGCCACCUUAGCUCUAGGCUGGUACUCCGACUGGAACCCCCGCCGCCGCUGGCACGUCGGCAUCUUCCUCUCCAUCACCGCCAUAAUCAGCGGCUCGCUUAUGCUCAACCCACCAUCCCGCGCUGCCCGCUUCGCCGCCUUGAUCCUCAACGGCUGUCAAUUCGCCGGACAAACGGUAAUGUUCGCCUGGGCCAACGACAUGAUACGGCGGGACGACGCCAAACGCAGCGUAGUCAUCGCGUGCAUGAAUAUGUUCUCCGUGGCGGUGUAUCUAUGGUGGAGUCUGAUCUUCUACAAUGCCACGCAGGCGCCGGACUGGUAUAAAGGGGAUUGUGCGAUGAUUGCGAUGGGCUGCUUUUUGUUGGUUACUACGAUUGCGACGUAUUUGCUGCAAAUGAGGCAGGAGAAGCAGGAGGGGAUGACAGUGACGAGUUAUAGAGGGGGGGAGAAGGGUGAUCAGGUGGACUUUUGA